CUGGGAAUUCCCCCGUUUCUCGACUCUGGGCUUGUCUGGGCUUUCUUAGUCGAAACUUAACAGGUCGAUCUAUCUUUGGCCUUGCGCACACCGCCGCACCAGCCACAGUGGGGAACCAUCAGCCUUAGGACUAGGUGAGCUCUCAAGUAUGAAGAGAGAAUUGAAAAUUGCCAUCAUUGGCGGCGGUAUCUCCGGCUGUACCGCUUACCUGCAGCUCAAAAAACACCUGCCCGGAAAUCACGACAUCACCAUCUACGAAGCUUACAAUACAGACCAAAACGCCACGCAUGCAGACUGGCAAGAUGGUCCAACUCACUCGUCCACUCUAGUCGUGGGUGGCGGCCUUGGCCUCGGCCCCAAUGGCCUGCAUGUUCUCCAGCGCCUAGAUGAGAAUCUGGUCCGCGACAUCGUGCGAAGCGGCUAUGUCAUCUCACACGGCAACAUGAAGGACAAGAGCGGGCGUCUGCUCGUCCGCAUGGAUACGACAGCUGACCCUGCAUCUUCACCGGUCAAUCAAUCCACGCAUGUCCUUGGCUGCAGUCGUCACGCGCUCUGGCGGUGUCUGCGCGCCCGCAUUCCAGACCGCGAUGUUGUCUGCAGGCGUAUUGAUGGGGUCAUUGCGAACCCAGAUGGACGGAACGUGAUUACAUUCGUUGGCGACAUUAAUACCGCUGAAGCAGACCUGAUCGUUGGUGCUGAUGGACUCAAAAGCACCGUCAAACGGGCGUUGUUUCCUGAGGCGAAUGAUCCGUAUCCGCCUCGAUAUGAAGGUUUAGUCGGAAUUGGAGGCUUCAUCCCCGCCGACCAAGUCCGCGAGCACGUCGAACCAGGCUCCAUGAAUUUCAUCCUAGGCGGGAACGGCUUCUUUGGAUACUUCUUCGCUGAGAGCGAUCCCGCCGCACCACACCGGGACGCGCCUUACCACGUCUCAGAGCCAGGGGAGUCUCUCGCCUGGUGGUCGACGUACUCAGCAGACGAAUGUCCCGAUCCUAAAACCCUGGAUAAAGACGGCGUCGUGCGCCAGCUGCGGGAGCGGCACGCUAACUGGGGAGACCCAGUUAUCCAAAGCAUUCUGCAUUCCCUGCAUGUCGACAACAUGUAUCCAACAUGGACAUCACCAACUCUGCCAAAAUGGGAACGCUUCGGGGUAGUUCUCGUAGGCGACGCAGCACAUGCCCUACCACCAACAUCAGGACAAGGAUCCUCACAGGCAUUGGAAGACGUAGAAGCACUUAGCAUGUUCCUGGCUCAUUACCUAGGCCGGAUAAGUGACAGAUAUGCGAACACACAAGAUUAUACACUAGCCAUCCGAAGAGCAACAAAAGACUACGAACAACUCCGCCAACCGCACGUCGCAAACAUCUUGAAGCGAGCGCAGCAGUCGCAGAACUCAAAACGCACCAUGAGCUGGGUCGAGGAGUAUGCAAUGUACUGGUUCAUGUGGGUAUUAGGCUUCUUUCCCGGGUGGAUGACCGGGCCGGUGCAAGCCGAGUACAAUUACAAUGUUGCGGAGGAUGUUGAGGGGCGAUUGCGAUAGUAUAGUAGGCUGUUAUCUUGUUGAUAUUUACUGUAUUCUAUAUUUUUAGUUGUAUUCGAUAGUUUGUACGUCACGGCUGAUAUGUACACUACUAAUAUUGCAUGGUACUUAUCGCAACUGUGGCGGUGCAUAUACUACAAGCGGAUAGCCACUUGACAUUGCAUUCGCGGUUGCAAUCAAUAUAGACAUAUCAUUUCUAGCUAGUAAAUACAUCAC